GGCGAGGCGCAGACGAGCGGCAUCACUCGAGCCCAGGUCCCAGCCACCGCCGCACGCAGCGGCCCGCAUUUAGGAAGAGGAGCAGCAGCGGAGGCGGCGGCGACAGCAGCGGGCGGGCGCCAGAAAGGCCCUGGUCGAAAAGCCUGGGAGGGCCGCCGAACUACCCCCGGAGGAGGAGCCAGUCGGAGCCCGAGGCGCCACCGCCGCCGCCGCCGCAGCCGUGCGGAGCAGCAGUCGUCUUCAUGGCCCACUCACCGGUGGCUGUGCAAGUGCCCGGGAUGCAGAAUAAUAUAGCUGAUCCAGAAGAACUGUUCACAAAAUUAGAACGCAUUGGAAAAGGCUCAUUUGGAGAAGUUUUCAAAGGAAUUGAUAACCGCACCCAGCAAGUGGUUGCUAUUAAAAUCAUUGACCUUGAGGAAGCUGAAGAUGAAAUAGAAGACAUUCAGCAAGAAAUAACUGUUUUGAGUCAAUGUGACAGCUCAUAUGUAACAAAAUACUAUGGGUCAUAUUUAAAGGGUUCAAAAUUAUGGAUAAUAAUGGAAUACCUGGGAGGUGGCUCAGCACUGGAUCUCCUGCGAGCUGGUCCAUUUGAUGAGUUCCAGAUCGCUACGAUGCUAAAGGAAAUUUUGAAAGGUCUGGACUAUCUGCACUCAGAAAAGAAAAUUCACCGAGACAUAAAAGCUGCCAAUGUCCUGCUCUCAGAACAAGGAGAUGUUAAGCUUGCUGACUUUGGAGUUGCUGGCCAGCUGACAGAUACACAAAUUAAAAGAAAUACUUUUGUGGGAACUCCAUUUUGGAUGGCUCCUGAAGUUAUUCAACAGUCAGCUUAUGACUCAAAAGCUGACAUUUGGUCGUUGGGAAUUACUGCUAUUGAACUAGCCAAGGGAGAGCCACCUAACUCCGAUAUGCAUCCAAUGAGAGUUCUGUUUCUUAUUCCAAAAAACAACCCUCCAACUCUUGUUGGAGAUUUUACUAAGUCCUUUAAGGAGUUUAUUGAUGCUUGCCUGAACAAAGAUCCAUCAUUCCGUCCUACAGCUAAAGAACUUCUGAAACACAAAUUCAUUGUAAAAAAUUCAAAGAAGACUUCUUACCUCACCGAACUGAUAGAUCGAUUUAAGAGAUGGAAGGCAGAAGGACACAGUGAUGAUGAAUCUGACUCCGAGGGCUCUGACUCGGAAUCCACCAGCAGGGAAAAUAAUACUCAUCCUGAAUGGAGCUUUACCACUGUGCGCAAGAAGCCUGACCCAAAGAAACUACAAAAUGGGGCAGAGCAAGAUCUUGUACAAACCCUGAGCUGUUUGUCCAUGAUAAUCACACCCGCGUUUGCUGAACUUAAACAGCAGGAUGAGAAUAAUGCUAGCAGGAAUCAGGCCAUUGAAGAACUCGAGAAAAGUAUCGCUGUGGCUGAAGCUGCCUGCCCUGGCAUCACAGAUAAAAUGGUGAAGAAAUUAAUUGAGAAAUUUCAGAAGUGUUCAGCAGAUGAAUCACCCUAGGGAACUCAUUGUUGGUUUCUGUUUCAUAUGGACCCAGAGAAACCCACCAAAGCUACUUCAAGCUUAACAAUGCUUAAUUCAUGAGCUCCGUGUGCCUUUGGAUCUUUGUGACAUUGAAGAUUUGGAAGAAGCUAUUCGACUAUUUUGUGAUGGUGUUUAUCAUUUUAUAUUUUAAAGAGAUUAUUUUGUAAGGAAUAACUUUUAAUACUAUAGUUUCACCUGUAUUCUAGUAAAUGUUGAGAUACAGUGUUGCUUUUAGGUAUCAUUAUUUCUUAAGUUACUAGGUUGAAUACCUUUCAUGUUUUGAUCUUUAGUUAACUGUACACUCAUGAAAUAUGCAGGUCUUUCAAAGUUAUCCUAAAUAUUCAACUUUUAUAAAUCAUCAGGCUUCAAAAAGCCAUUUAUUUUUAAAUACAAGCAUAUUCUAAAAAUGCCUAUUGGUGAUGAGGUGGAAAUCAGUCAUACCUUCUUAAAACACAAGUUUUUAAUAAGCUCUUGGCAAUGAAACCUGAAAAAGUAUUGACUCUUUUACCAAGUUGGUAUGAAUUACAGGCAGCUCAAUGAUUAUCACAUUUGAGAGCCCUGUGUUUGAAGCAUUUUUAGGCAAUGUGUAGCAACGGAGGUAUCUUGUGGUGUGCAGUAUUGACCUUCUCUUUUAGAUCGAAGAGGCAAUUGACCCUUAUGGUUAAUGGUUAGGAGUUCAAAGCAAUAUCAUUUAGCCAAGAACAGGGUUUUGGUAAUACUGGAAGAUUUAGUCUGCCUUCAUUUUUAAACUCUUCAGCUCAAACUGCAUGGUAUAUGCUUGAAUUUAGAGAGCUUAUAUAAAGCUGAUUGUCAUGUGAUUAAGCACUUGAUCAACGGGUAUAACUUACACCAGCAUACAUGUUUCACUUUAUUAAAUUGUCCUAUAAACUAUUUAUACAUUUUUGUUCUUCAUAAUUAUCAGUACAUAAGCAUCAUUUUUGAAAGGAUAUUUAAAUGAACAUUUUCUAGUUCAUAUGAAAAUAACCAUAGUACAGGACAAUUUCUGUCCAUACAAAGAUAGACUGUACAGUUAAUUUUCAGUUAUAUUUAUGGUACUGUUAAGUGGGUAAUACAUUUUUUUCUGUUAAGCCCAGUAUAUAUAUUAUGCCUGCCUGAGUUGUGAACUGGGGCUAUAUUUUAGUAGUUGUAGGAUUGUUGCUAUUAAUUAGUUUUGAUGGCUAGCGUUUUAUUGUUUGGGUCUGCGCAAUUUGAUUUUUGCACAAGUAAUUUUUUUAAGAAAAUCUGAAUAAUUGCCAAAUAUCAGAAGAAAGAUGUUCUUCAAGUAAUGAGUAGUUUUUAGGUAAAUUAGCCAUUAUAUCCCCCUUUUUAAGAAAAACAAUAAUAGACAUGAGAAAGUUGUCACAUCAUAUGCCCAGAAAAUUCUUUUCAUUGGCCUAAACUGUAUUUCAAAAUAGUGGUUCCAUUCCAUUUUUCACCUACUCUGUAACUGAAACCCAGUUACAGUUUAUAAUCUAUAGAGGGCCAGAAAUAAUUUGGAAAUACAUAUUAUGAAUUCAGUGAACUUUUGUAAAAGUAAAAGCAGCAGAUUUAUGAAUUGAUUAUUUGAAACUUUACAACACAACAGCAUCACAGAUGCAAAUUGGAUUGUUUUGUCAUUAUAGUCAUUUGUCCUGUACACUGUUUGUAUGUGAAACAUACUCUAGUGUUUUGGGGGUUUUAAAAAUAAAUAUUUAAAUUUCA